GAUGUUAAGGUUUUAAUUUUUGACGACAGACUUGACCCAAUUUUUGGCAUUUUAAAAAUAUGGUUAUACUUCUUUAAGUAAAUUAUUCGUAAUGAAACAAUCACGACACUGACGUGAAUUACACUAACCGAUUCAGCAUACACUCAAUCAAACACAAAGUCAGACAGAACUAUACUGUGUCUCAAAAGAGAAUAAUCAGUCCGCCGACCGAUUCUCGUCAGUGUCGCGCAUCCCCCACCAAAUACACAGCGUUUACGUGAUCACGUGGUUCUCAACGCACCAAUCGAAUCAUUCGUGAUGCACGACAGGUGAUUAUUCUCUUUUGAGACAGAGUAUAAAGUGCUUAUGGCCGGGGAUUCCAAAUUAUUAUCUAACUAGUAUUUGCUGUCAUUUAUUUUUUACCACGAAACACUCAUAAAUUGAAGUUAUUCUAAAAAUAUUAUCAGCUUGUGUUCAUUUUUUGUUUGAUGGCUUAUAUAAUUGGAAAUAUAUAUUUUUAUAGCUAUGCCGAAGAAACCUUAUGUUUAUGGCAAAACGACUCAAAUUGAUAGAUUAGUUGAAUGCUAUAAGCAAAUGUAUUUAAACGAACUUGCAGUUAAAAAACCUGAAAAUGGAAUACAGCUUCAGGAAGAUAAUUAUUACGAUCCAAAUAGGGUGCUAUCAAAAAGAGAAAUUGAUCCAAGCGAAUUUGACAACAUAUUAAAUAAAAUCUAUCAUAAGCAGUAUCAAACGUCGAAUGAUUUUUAUAAAAUAAUAAAUGCAUUAAAGAAAGAAUUAGUUCAUAAUGUAUACAUGCAAAACAGAGUGAAUGCAUUGGCUGAAAAAGACCUUAAAAGAAAACUUGAUGAACCACUGAAGACGUUUGUUUUUAAUUGGGCGCCUGAUCAUUCAAAAGAAUUCUUUAGAUCAGUGUCAGAGUUUUGUGCUACAUACGGCUCAAAUCCUGAAACUAUUGAAAUGCAUAAAGUAAAAAAUUCACAAUAGUAGUGCAAAAAAGGUGCCUUAUUAUAUAUACGCAAAUAACAUACAGCUUCAAAUGGAUACUUUACUAAUUAAAUUAUAUUGGAAUGUUACUCUAAUAAAUAAAUUAUACUUAUUAUAUAACUUAGCUACAUAAAAUGA